AUGUCUAACUUUUCACGUGAGGCGACAAAACUGUUGCGAGCCGCAGAAGACGCGCUUUCCGGUAGACGGCCGGCUGCACCGUCGCCGCAAGAGUUGUGGGGCAGGGGCGAAGAUUGCGAGGGUGGGGUGCACGGCCAUCCGCCCGUCCUGGAACUGCAGCGCCAGCUUCGCGUGGCAAUGACGGAGAUUGGCAACCUUCGCAGCGAGCUGUUGGCGGAACGGGAGUCCCGUUCGCAGACAAUCGCCUUAUUGGGGAGGCGAUGGAAAGAGGAGAUGCUGGUGGAGCUGCGCGCCGCGGAGCACCAGUCGCAUCGCGCAAUCGCGGAGCUGGAGGUGAACAUGCAGCAGCAGCACAAGGAGGAGGUGACGGCGCGGGCUGUGAUGCAGCGGCAGCUGGACGAGGCCCUUCGCUGCGCCAAGGUGCGGGGCCGCUCGCAGUUCGAGCAGCAGGAGUGCAUACAAGAGCAACUGGACAGCCUUCGCGAACGGUUGGAAAUGGCAGUAGCGGAGUGCGGUUUGUUGCGUGUGGAGUCGGCACAACAGCUUGAGAAGGAGCGCGCUUCUCUCGCCCAGCGGCUGGACGUGGAGCUGCUGCGAUACGUGGACAUGCGCCGCGACGACCAACGGGAGCGCGAGGCAUUAAAGCAGCAGCUGAGGGCAGAGUUCGCCGCGACAGGCGGCCAAGUGAAGGAGUUAGUGGAUGCGGCGUGGCGAACACACGCAACGGCGCUUGAGCGCACUUUGCGUGAGCCUCUGGAGACUUUUGCGCAAAAAAUUGCGCGCCAUGAAGAGCUUGUCGCCGGCGUGGAUGUCAAGGUUCAUGACUGCACCACUGCAUGUCACGCCGAGGUGCGGCUGCAGACGGUCUCUCUUAAGGAGCGCCUGGGGGCGUUGGAGUCCAGCAGCGCCGUCACUGCUUCUCGCAUGGACCGCGCAGAGCGCAAGGCGGACGCCGCGCAAGAGGCUGUGAGUCGUGUGGACGCCAACGUUGGCGUUGCACGUGACAUGGCAGAGCGGGCGCAGGCGCAGGCGCAGAGGGCGAUGGAGCGGGCGCAGCGCAUGGAGGACACCGUGCAGGAUCGUGAUGCGCGGCUAACGCAGGUUGAAAGUCACCUUGGCGCUGCCGCGACGGCGGAGAAACUACGUGCCGAAAUUGAAGGUGUCCGACGCGCCGCACUACGCGCUGAGAGUGGCGUUGAUGCGCUGCGGCAGGUAUGCGAGCGAGACGAACAGCUGGCGGAGCACACCCGCCGUGUGGUAGAGGGGUACACGGAUCGAAUAGAGGGGUGCGAGCAGCUGGUGCACCGCCUUCGUGGCGCGGUGGAGAUGGUGGAGGGGCGCGUGCCGCAGCUGCAGCAGCGCGUUGCAGUACUAGAGGAGACGCGCGAGGGCCUCGUCGCGUCCGCCACCCGGAUUGACGAUGUGGUGGCGCAGGUUGGCCACCGCGUGCAGACCCUGGAGGCGACAGUGAAGGGCGUCGGCGAGCGCCUCGAGCAGUCGCGGCGUGACACCCUCGCAGGCUUGCAGUCUGUCACUGUGCGGCUGGAGCACGCAAAUGACAUGGCGCUGCAUAGCGAAACAAGUAGCGCGACUGCGCGCGCGGAGGUGGAUCGCAUGGACCGUCGUGUAUGCGAACUUGAGUCACAGGCUGGACGCUUCACCGCCGACGCCACGGCAUUUCGUGCCGCUGCUGAGGAUCACGCGAAGGACGUUGCCACGCUGUUAAGCCGCCUGCAGCAAACACGUGAGUGGCAAGAGCGGCGUGACACCCGCGUGGAUGACGCUAUGGUGGCGGCGGAGGAGCAGCUUACCACGGCCACGGAGCAAAUGGUCAGCCAACUGGAGACGAAGGUGCAGCGGGAUAUGCGUCAUCUGCAGUCCACCUUGCAGGAGCGUACGUCUGCGUUAGAGGUGUUGCUGGACUCAAAGGUUGCGCCGCUGGAGGAGGAGGUGGUGAAGCUGCGCGCUUCGCGCGGUGGCGAAGAUGCCACGCAAGCGCUCUCGAGGGAAGUGCAGGCGUGCAGGUCGAAGGUUGAGUCUCUCGAGGCUGCCCUCGCCGCGAUGCGUGACACCGCUGAGCAGGAGCACAAGGAGUACGUGUUGCUGCGUGACUGGAACGCCCUGCGCAAGACACUGGCAUCGCUCGAGUCGCAGCUCCACGACACACGCGAUGAUGCCACGUUGCAGCAGCAGGCGUGCGAGGGCGGUCAGGAGAAGUUGCGCCUGCUGGAAAGGGAGCAGCGGCGGCAGCGGCAGGCCUUGCAGGAGCUUCAGGUGUCGCUGAGUGACUGCCGGGAGGAAACGAAGGCGGCCCACCGCUCCCUUGCUGCCGCGCUAUCCCUGCAUGCGGUGAAGGGUGACGCGCCCACGACGGCUGCGAGCGGGGAGGAAGGCGUGUGCCCACGAGGGGACGUGCAGACACCGCUGGUCGAGUUUGGCGGGGUGCGCUCCUCUGAUCAACGUGGCAAGAUGGCGCUGACGUCUGGCAGCGGAACAACCGCGACGACACCCCGCACGCACCCAAAAACCUCCAGCACUGAAGUGGUGGACCCAGACAAUCACAAUGACUCCCCUGAGGUGCAGCUGCCUCCACCAUCGCUGGAGCGGCAGGAUGACGACUCGCGGAGACUCAGCACGAGUGAUGCCACUGCGGCGACCACGACGACAGCAACGACAGCGACGACACAGUCGUGCCGAUUGAAAACUUCUGUUGGCGAUACGACUAACCGGCAGCAGGUGAUGGCGUGGGCCGAAGCAGCAAGUGGAAACUCCGCUGCUGCUACUGACCCGUUGGGGCUUUCGCGUGUGGUGGCUCCGGAACCUGCUCUUUUUGCCUCCGUUGUCGCCCCGCCCAUCACAACGCGUGUCGUCGGCACCGUGCACACUGCAGGCGGCAGCGACCAACGCGCGGAUGCGGGUGGUCUGCUUAAAGGUGCGGAGGUGAAGGUGGCCUCGAUGCAGCCGCCCCGCGAGUCGUCUAGCAGCGUCGGCUCACAAGAGGAGCAGGCGCGCCACGUCCGUAGAGGUCCGUUGUGGCUGCGCGCGUCCCGCGACGAGAGCGUCGGUGAGGCGGGGAGUAGUGCCGUUGUUCCAUUCACCACGUCAGGCGAGACGCGCGAGAGUGCGCCCUCCGUCACCUCCGCGAAGGACACAACAGAAACCGCGGAUGAGGAAGCUUUCCCCGCGAAGCCGAAGGCCGCAUGGUACGACGACUGGGAUGACGGCACCGAAAGCGAAAAGGUGCUGUCGGUCAAGGGAGAACGGCAGGGCGGGACGGCGGCGGAGGUUGUGCCUAUCACCCGUUCCCUGCAGCCCUCGCGUGGUGAGAAAACUUACACCACGCUGCGCAAAAGUUUUGUCACCUCCUCCUCCGCCUCCUCCUUCAGCGACUCCAAGAAGAAAAGGGUAACGGCGGUUCCGCCGGCCUCCGCGCCGAAGAACUUCACCAGCUUUGACGACACCACAUCCGAGGAAGAGGAAAAGGAGGAGGAAGUGUGA